AUGAUUUCAGAAAAGGAAAAUCGAAUUCGCGAACUCGAACAGGCUCUGCGAGAAAGUAUUAGACUGACGGCGGAACGUGAAGUCUAUGCAUCCGGACGAGAAGAAGCCUCGAGACAGAUUGAGCAACAGGUUUGCCUUUGA